CGCGGGGCGGAAGGGCCUGAGCGCUGGGUAAAUAUUAAUGGUGAGCUGUGGGGUGAUCCGGAGUGACCCGGGCUGGAUGGAGCGGGUGAAUAACGGCGCGGGCGGCUCUAUCUCGGUUCCAGUGCGCGAGCUGUACCUCCUGCGGGCCUGAUGAUCGCUUUACUGCUCCUCUCCGCGCUGCUGGCGGAUCCGGUUUCCGCGGAUUUCUUCCAGUUUAACAGCCUCUCCAACGUCUCCACCUACUACUUCAACUACAUCUACUGCCACGUCUGGGAGGGAGACUGCCAGCCCAACCAGGAGGAUGCCAGCCAGCAAGUGCCGACCGGAGACGUGUGGUCCUGGUUCUCUUGGGAUUAUAUGGGCAUGAUGACGGCCUGGUACUGCAGCCUGGGGCAGUGCUGUGAUUCAGGGGACUGCAGAAUUUCCAAUAACCUCACAGCUCUGGAGAGAGACCUGCAGAUGAAGCUUCACGGGCAGCACUUGGCUCAGUCUGUGGUUCUGAAAGCUGUUCAGGGCUUCAUCAAUAACCCAGAGUCCAACAAGCCUCUGACCCUCUCCUUCCACGGCUGGUCCGGCACAGGCAAGAACUACGUGGCCCGGAUGGUGGCGGACAACCUGUACCGGGACGGGGUGAAGAGCGAGUGCGUGCGCCUGUUUAUCGCCCCGUUUCACUUCCCGCACACUCGGCUGGUGGACAUGUACAAGGGUCAGCUGAGAGAGGCUAUUAGAGACAUGGUGCUCCGCUGUCCACAGACUCUGUUUAUCUUUGACGAGGCGGAGAAACUCCACCCAGGUCUUAUAGAUGCAAUCAAGCCCUACAUGGACCACUAUGAUAAUGUGGAUGGAGUCAGCUACAGGAGAGCCAUAUUCCUGUUCCUCAGUAAUAUUGGUGGUGCUGCUAUUAAUGAAGUAGCUCUGGACUUUUGGCACUCGGGACAGAACCGGGAGGAUAUCGGCAUGGAGGAUCUGGAACAUCGACUGCGUUCAGAAUCUAUGGAUGCUGAAGGAGGAUUCGCUCAGAGUGAGCUCAUGUCGGGUCACCUGAUCGACUUCUUCGUGCCGUUUCUGCCGCUGGAGUAUCGUCACGUGAAGCUGUGCGCUCGAGACGCGUACGCCGCUCGGGGGGUGGAGCCUGACGAGGCGACGCUGGACGAGGUGGCUAAAGCCAUGCUGUACGUCCCUAAAGAGGAGAAGCUGUUCUCGGCUCAGGGGUGCAAAUCCAUCCCUCAACGGAUCAACUUCUUCUUACCUUAACCGAUUAACACAGAGCCACUAAAUAACUAACUAACUAACUAACCAACUCUACAAGAACGCUUACUGAAUACUUGAAGGAUGAAUUGAGGUCUGUUGAGGAACUGCGGUUUAUGUAUUAAUUCAGGUACAUAUCAGAAAAUGUGCAGAAACAUGAAGAUAUUCCAUCUACUGGAAUAGAGACAUGGAGACUGGUGCUCGUCUCCACUGAACACUACAGCACUGACUUUUAUAACCGAAUUCGGGAUUUGUACGUAACCCAUGAUACGUACUUAUACCUGUAACUUAUAACUACUUGUACUUAUGUGUAAAUACUAGAGGUGUAACGGUACAGAUAAUUCACUUUUCGGUACAUUUUCAGUGCGGUUGGAGGAUAAAAAAAAAGGGUGGUCAUUCUGUACAGCCUCACCUUUUAUUAACUUCAUAAUAACAAUGAAUCUUUAUUAUAACCAUGUUUAGUUUUUUGGGAUUUAACAUUGUACAUUGAGCUCUUUUAUUAUUUAAUGCUGAAAUAAUGGUUCUCUCCUGCUGUCAUCAUGAGAGACGCCAUCUUUUAGAUCUUGUUAAAACAAUCAAACAAAGAGCCUGAUUGUGACGCUUUUAUUAUUUUAACCAAUUAAACUACAAAUACUUUUUCCUAAUGAGAGCAAGUGAGAGAGAGUACGAGCGCCUAACCCUGCGUUUACACUGGAAAGCAAUAGACGACCAUUCAUUUCCUAUGGCAGGGCAGAUUUCAGCACAGCGAGUUCGUAAAGAAUGCAUGUACCGUUACACCCUUAGUAAAUACAUUUAUUUCCACCUGGAAUUGCAAUGUUUACAUCAAUUUUUGUUUUGUAAUGUGAAUGUUUGUUUUGUCAAGUAUCUGUUCAUUUAUUUAGUUUUACAUGUUGUUUUUAAUGCAGUAAAGGGAAACAUUUAUAAACUUUAAAGGACUGUAAUAUCAUAACUUUUAUGAUUUAAUAGUACGGAGUGGUCCUGCUGUCACGGCAUCAGCAGCUGGAGUCUGAGAGAGCACGAGACUCUGGCUGUGCUCUCUCUCCCCUCUAAUCACCACCAUUGUGACGCUGGCUGGCACAGGCCUCUGUUGGAUGAUGUGGAUUGUUCUGAUUCUCCUUGUGUCAGGAGGUAAUUGGUUAAGCUAAAUUUGGAUGAAAAUUUUGUUAAAAUACCAUAAAAUAACCUUUUAAAGUGCUUAAAUGUCUCUUAUGCGGGCUAAUUCAGAAUUUCUUCGAAAAUGAUAGAAGAACUAAAGAAAUUCAGUAUUGCUUUAUUGCCUUUGCAGUUUUCACCCUGUGUCUUUAUUCGUAAAAUGUAUAGAAAAAAACAUUUGUCAAACUCUUUGCACCUUUUAACCUUUUUAUUUUUUACUUACUUUGCACUUUUUUUUAACAUGGUAUUGUUUUCUUUUUGUAUGAAAUUGCAUUGUAGUGUUUGCAUCGUAAUGGAACUUGAAUACUGGAUGAAUUUGCCUGUUUUAAGGAAGAAUCCUGUUAAAUAAUUGAAAUUUUCAUGGGCAUGAGUGUUUGUAAAAUAAUCAGUUAAUAAUACUCUACUUAAGACAUUUAAAUUAACCUAAGUUAUCAUUCUUUUAUGUAUAUUUUGAACUUUUUAAACACUUUUUAGGUUUUAAACCUUUGUGUCAGUAUCAUUUUCUCUAUGUUAAUUAAGUUGUUCAUCAUCUGUGAAGAAUUUAGUUUGAACUGUUACAUAAAAAAACUAAUUUUAAGAAA